UGAACUAGUGCAAGCAAAUGGAGGCGCCUGCAAAACAACAUUCGUGCCGCCUUACAGCCCCGCCCGCGGAGUCCUGGGGCGCGCUGAGAGGCCGGGCUGCAGGCUGGUUGGCCGGGGCGCCGGGGGCUGGUAGCGGGGGGCGCGAGGGGAGGCCAGGGCGCGCGGGGAGGCCGGGAUUGCAGGCUGGUUGGCCAGGGCGCGCGGGGCCGGUAGCGGGGCGCGCGCGGGGAGACUGGGGCGGACGCGGAGGCCGGAGCGCGGGGCGGCUGGGGCGCGGGGAAGCCCGGGCGGAAGCUGAGGCGCGCGGGGAGGCCAGAGCUGCGGGCGGGGAGCCUAGGGCGCGCGGGAAGGCGCGGGGCAGCGGGCGCGGGCCCCGCCGAGCCCCGGGCCGCACUCACCGCCGCGGCGCGUCCCCGUUGGCGGGCCGCGCAAGCCUGGCCGCCGCGGAGCCCGCCGGACGCGCUGAAAAGGAAAGGCCGGAGCCCUCCGGCUCCCUCCCCUGGGACACUUCCUGCUCCGCUCUAGGACCGGGGAGGUCUCCGCAUCUCAGUGGUCGAGUCUUCCAGGUUCUGGAGCUUUGGGAGAAAGCAUGUUCCGGAUCCCUGAGCAGGCCCGAUUCCCACUACCCCUCUGCAUCAUCUGCUCCGCACUGAAGUCGGACUUUCCCACAGAAGAGAAGGCAAAGAAAACCUCCCAUCUACCAGAGGGGCGCCUGGUGGAAGAUAACCCAUUUACUUCAGAUCCUGUUGAAGGCCAAGCAGAAAUAAAACCAGCCCUCACCCCUUCCCGGAAGAAAGUGGCCUGGCAGACCAGAUGGGGUGAAAGGGGAUGGACUGAGAGGAACCUGGAUCCCUUAGCCGUGUUGUCCUCAUUCCAGGGGCCUGGGCGCCUCCCGUAUCCUAUUAGCUGCAAAUCGUCACCCCUGACUAGUGCAGUUACUGAGAUCGGCCAUUUGUCAAAUGCCUGGAUUCUGACUUUCGCAGGAGAUGUGCCAACGUGAAGCUCUUUGU